AAUCCAGAUGAGUAUACAACUUCAAUGCUUAGCCUACACGUUUCCCUCGGCUAUCUCGUUUACAGGGUUAAUUGUUCAGCGAUGGGAGUUGUUUGUAAACUUCAAUUACACUGUGGACUGUAUAUUGUGGACUUUACGUCUGUGCAUUAAACCAUCAUUUAGUGACCCUGUUUAUCCAUCUGAACUCAUCAAGAAAUACAAUUUAUUCGGCAGUGGGGAGAUAUCAAUUCAACGAAUUAGCUUGUUUCAACUAGUAAAUUGUCCAGUACUGAACAACUUUAAAGCGGAUAUACUAUGCAUAACGUCAAGUACAUUCAAACGAUGGAACAAAGAACUUUUCUUCGUGAUUAAAAGGGAGACAAAAACAGCGACUCAUUUGACUACAAAAGAACUCAGUGUGUUAAAGAAUUCAGAGGAAGAUCAUGACAAAGUUGGACUUCGUGUUGAGUAAGGCACUGACAGAUUAAAGGGGAAAUGGAGCUAAUAACACUGUAUAACGUAAAGGGAGACAAUGGCUAUUACGUAUUUGAAGGGAGAUAAUGACUCGUUGCUAUUCAAAGUGAGAUAAUGCAAUUCUUACUCUGUUACCGUCAAUAUCCACUGUGUGUUAACGAUUGUUAAAAGAAAUUUCUUAAUUCUAUGUCGCCUCAAUCUACAACGUCUUAGGCCGCAUUACUUUAUUAAAAACACCUUUGAUAAAAGAGAAGAUUGAUUUUAGCAUCUUUAUCUGUCUUAAAGCACUGCGACAGACCUCAACAAUGGGUCACGGAAUAGAACCUAUCUUUGAGUCCCAGUUCGUCGGUCGAAAAGAUGAACUUCGUGAUUUGAAAGCUGCAUGGGACAAAAAACUAAGAAUGUUCGGAAUUUUCGGGAUGCGAUCUGUGGGUACAUCAAGGCUUGCGAAGGAGUUCCUGGCUAGUGUCUCGGAUCAAUAUGAGGGACUAGUCUACGUGAACUUGAAGGAGACCAGCGAUCUAGCCGCGAUGUACGUCAACAUAUGCGCCCAGUUGGCUAUUGCUGUUGAAUCGCAUCCAAACGAUGUCAAUUCGUGGGAAAGCAUGCUUGUAGGUGCUGUAUCCACUAGCAAAAGGCAAUACGUAUUCUUUUUUGACAACGGCGAACAUUUCCUUGACAAGGAAGCCGAAACUCGCGACCCUCUACAAAAUCUCUUUAUGUCCCUUAUAAAAAAGAACAAUAUCAAAGUUAUUUUGACUUCUACAACGAAGUUCCAGCUGGCGAGUUUGUGGCGUAUCUACCACGUGUGCGAGCUCCAACCACUAACGAAGACAGAGACGUCGGAGUUACUGAGAGCAGAGACGCCCGGGGUUAACUACGGCGAAUAUUUGGAUCCUAUUGUCGAAAUGAGUGAAGGUUUACCUCUCCUGAUUCUCAUGAUAACGUCCGAACUUCGGGGUGACGGAGGCAUGUUGACGCCGAAGGAUAUGACGCAACUGCUAGCGGAAUACAGACUGAAGGUCCUAAGUCGAGAGUUUUACCCCGGCGAAGACAGAGUUGCUGAUGUUUACCGGCUGUUCAUCAAUCGACUGAGCCCCGUACUGCAGAGAAGGUUCUCGGAACUGGAUUAUAUCCCAGGCUCGUUCACGGCAGAAGAGGCCAGAUCGCUACUCGAUUUUCCGACGGAAGCGGUGGUAAAGGACCAAGUGCUGGUCCCCAAACUUAGGCGUCACUUCCUUUCCUAUGAUCCCGCAAGCAGGCGCUUCAACAUACAGGGAAUCUUACGGGAGUGUCUCAAGACGUAUUUCGCCUUGCGGCACAUUCCAGAAAUCCGGCGGCGUUUCUGCCAAACGUUCACAGAGGUUAUGACAAGCAUAUCUCGACGUUUUACAUCACCGGAGUAUGAGAGCGCCUUAGCGGACUUUGCGUUUGAACAGCCAAACUUGCAGAAGCUGUUGCUGGAGGUACAGUUCACGACACAGGACAACUACACGUUCUUUAUUCGGAUGGCUACUGAGUCUACAGAUUUUAUUGAGAAAUAUCUCGCAGGUAAUUCGGAGGAUUUCUACAGUCAAUGCCAUCGUGCAGCAGACCGAUAUGGCAAAGAAAUGGACAAAGCUGUAGUAGAUCUGGCAGUGGGAAGCCUCUACACUAAUAUCAAGGGGAAUCUGAAAGAUGGCCACAUCAAAUACAGCGCAGCGUUAAGCAUAUUGAAAGGCGCUGGAAAGUCGUUACAGCUCGCAACUGCACAUCAGCGCAUCGGAUACAACCUCAUGUUACAGGAUCAAAACGAGGACGCUAUUAAUCACUUCAAGAAGUCUUUGGCAAUUUCGCUGGUAUCAGGGAAGCCAUUCGAACUCAUUGCUCUGCAGUCAUUAAACAGUAUGGGAAUUACGCUUACAAAGCUAGGACGUUUCGAAGAGGCCGAGAGAUACCACUUCGUUUCCCUCAAACGUCGACGAAAAAUCCAGGGCGAAAAUCACCCGGGUGUUGGUAUGACAUUGAACAACAUUGGCCUCAUGUAUGACCAAAAGGGCGACGGAAGGUUGGCGUUAAAAUAUUUUCAAGAAGGCCUUGAAAUAAAGAAAAAAUCCAAGGCUCCAGAUCUUUCUCGCGUUGCCUCGUUGACGAAUGUAGCAAACGGGUACAUAGCCGUUGGAGCGUUUGAGGAAGCAUUACAUGCUUUAGACGAAGCGGAAGAAAUUUUAUCCAAGCAACGGUUACCGCAGAUGCACGAUAUUGCGUAUUUGAAUGACACGAGGGGAAAGGUGUAUUUCAAACAGGGCGAUAUGGACAAAGCGGCUGAAAUGUUUGAGAAAGCUGCACAGGGACGCGAGGGCGUGGCGUCUGGAAAAACCGCCCACGUGGAAAGUUUGGUCAAUGUAAUGAAAGUGGCCGUUAAGAAGGGGGACAAUGCUAAAUGUAUUAAAACUGGAAAAACUGUGCUAUCCUUCAGUGAUGAUGUUAUAAAGCAGCGUCCGAAAAGUCACUUUUUGACUGAGUGUUACGAUUGCCUCGCAAAGGUGUACGAGGCGAUGGGGGACGACGCAAAGGUCAGGGAUACGUUGACCAAGAUCAAGACGGAACUGUUGAGGCUGGAAUACAUGUACACUUGCGAUUGCAAUGAAGGCCAGGUAGGUAAAAUACGGCAACAGCUGGCGGACAUUGAGAGCAAGCUGAUGACAAAAACCCACGAUGAGGUUACACAGACAGAGACAGUGUGAUAUGAUUACGUCUUGCCAAUGAACAGUUGCGUUUAUUUUGUGUUUAUAAACAAAUGUUGUUAUGUUAGCACUUUGUUACAUGAUCAACUGUAUUUCAUCCAAUCGUGCUUGGACAUACAUACUCGGACAAAAUGAAAGCGACGCAGUUUAUGUGCCUUUAGUGUUUAAUGUCACAAUAGCUGCGAAUAUUCCAGAAGGAAUAGUUAGUAAACUUUUAAUUACUACAUAUGUAUUUAAGUGUUACAGUUUGAGUUUUUUGUUAUUAGUAACUUAAUGUUGCUAUACUUAAAAUUUUAAAUUACAAAAAUCAAGUUAAUACUUACAAGGGUAGUAAUCAGGGUCAUCUUCAGUAUAUAUGUGUUUUACACAACUUUGAUUUUCAUAGUGUAAGUGUUACAUGUUUCUCCAAACAACAGUGUACAUGUAUAUUGUUACAUAAAGGUUUUUCUACAAUUUUCACUAAGCACCAUGAACGCCAUGUCUUUUGAUAGACUUAAAAGAGUUAAGAGAUACGACCUAUGUUGAACAUGCACUAAAAAAAAUGCACCAUUGGAAUAUGUUUUUCAAAUGAUGAUGUAUCAAGUAAAAACACUUUUAAAGUUUUAAGUUCUGUCUGACAAAACGAAAGCUUACUACAUUGAAUGCAUCUAAACAAUUAACUUUGAAUUUAAAGUGAAUUGAAUGUAAGUGAAAUACAAUAUUUGUAGGUAUUUGGUGUGAUUUGGGAUAACGUGUAGAGUAUAUUUAUUGUUGAGUGUUACUUCGUGCCAUAACAUGAUUUUGUUCUUUAUGUUGACUAUAUAUGUAUUCGCAGUAUUACAUUUUUUAUGCCCCCGGAUCGAAUGAUCGAGGAGUACAUUGUUUUUGGCCUGUCUGUCAUUCAUUUAUUCAUUCAUUGUAUGUGUGUGUCCCUUAACUUUAACCUUGGUCAUAACUUUUGCAAUAUUGAAGAUAGCAACUUAAUAUUUGGCAUGCAUGUCUAUGUCAUGGAGCUGCACAUUUUGAGUGGUGACAGAUCAAAGUAAAGGUAAUCUUUCAAUGUCUGAGGUAAAAUAUAUGGCUUCAAAGCGGCGCAAUAGGGGGCAUUGUGUUUCUGACAAACAUAUCUCUUGUUAAUUUAAAAAUAUUGUUUAUUAUCAGUGUUUUAUUUUUUUGAAUAUGUAUUGAUGCAUACAUAUGUAGUUUAUGCUAAUACAGAAAUGGUUGCACGUC